UCACGCUGGGACACGAGCGGGUCAGUGCUGCAGGAGUGCGGUCUAGCCUAGAGUCCAGCUGGGAAGAAUGUGAACACUGGCCCACACGUUAGAGAUUGUACCAAAAAGCGAGGUGCCAGGGAAAAGAAAGAAAAUGGCUCCAAAGGUUAAAUGAAGCAGGAAAAAUACAUAGAUGCAGCCUUGCAGGCUCUCCAGAUGUUUGGGGAUAAUAUUCCAGGAAGAAAUUUUGAUCCCUUGGAUUAGGUAACUAGUCAUAAUGAAGAAAAUUAGUCUUAAAACCUUCCGGAAAUCUUUUAACUUGAAUAAAAGUAAAGAAGAAACUGAUUUCAUGGUAGUACAACCACCAUCGCUAGCCGGUGACUUUGGAAAAGAUGAUUCCUUGUUUGGUAGCUGCUACGGUAAAGAUAUGGCCAGCUGCGAUAUCAACAGUGAAGAUGAAAAAGGCGGAAAAAACAGAUCAAAAAGCGAGAGCCUGAUGGGAACGCUAAAAAGGCGGCUUUCUGCAAAACAGAAAAAAGGCAAGGCAGGCACACCCUCUGGGAGCUGUGCCGACGAGGACACCUUCUCCUCCUCCUCAGCACCCAUCGUCUUUAAAGACGUGAGAGCUAAGAGGCCGAUACGGUCCACCUCCCUCCGCAGCCAUCACUACAGCCCCACGCCGUGGCCUCUUCGGCCCACAGACUCCGAGGAGACCUGCAUCAAGAUGGAGGUGAGAGUCAAGGCCUUGGUUCACUCUUCCAGCCCGAGUCCAGCCCUGAACGGCGUCCGGAAGGAUUUCCACGACCUCCAGCCUGAGACCGCGUGCCAAGAGCAAGCCAAUUCACUGAAGAGCUCGGCUUCACAGAACGGAGACCUGCAUCUUCACCUGGAUGAACAUGUGCCUGUCGUUAUUGGACUUAUGCCUCAGGACUACAUUCAGUAUACUGUGCCUUUAGAUGAGGGGAUGUAUCCUUUGGAAGGAUCACGUAGCUAUUGUCUGGACAGUUCUCCCAUGGAAGUCUCUGCGGUUCCUCCUCAAGUGGGAGGGCGCUCUUUCCCGGAAGACGAGAGUCAGUUAGACCAGGACCUCGUUGUUGCCCCAGAGAUCUUUGUGGAUCAGUCGGUGAAUGGCUUGUUGAUUGGCACCACGGGAGUCAUGUUGCAGAGCCUGAGGGCGGGUCACGAUGAUGUCCCUCCACUCUCACCAUUGCUACCUCCAAUGCAGAAUAAUCAAAUCCAAAGGAACUUCAGUGGACUCCCUGGCACAGAGGCCCACGUGGCUGAAAGUAUGCACUGUCAUUUGAAUUUUGAUCCUAACUCUGCUCCUGGGGUUGCAAGAGUUUAUGAUUCAGUGCAAAGUAGUGGUCCCAUGGUUGUGACAAGCCUUACAGAGGAGCUGAAAAAACUUGCAAAACAAGGAUGGUACUGGGGACCAAUCACACGUUGGGAGGCAGAAGGGAAGCUAGCAAACAUGCCAGAUGGUUCUUUUCUCGUCCGGGACAGUUCCGACGACCGUUAUCUUUUAAGCUUGAGCUUUCGCUCCCAUGGUAAAACACUUCACACUAGAAUUGAGCACUCAAACGGUAGGUUUAGCUUUUAUGAACAGCCAGAUGUGGAAGGACACACGUCCAUAGUUGAUCUAAUUGAGCAUUCAAUCAGGGACUCUGAAAAUGGAGCUUUUUGUUAUUCAAGGUCUCGGCUGCCUGGAUCUGCAACUUACCCCGUCAGACUGACCAACCCAGUGUCCCGGUUCAUGCAGGUGCGCUCGCUGCAGUACCUGUGUCGCUUUGUUAUACGUCAGUAUACCGGGAUAGACUUAAUUCAGAAACUGCCUUUGCCAAACAAAAUGAAGGAUUAUUUACAGGAGAAGCACUACUGAAAGAUUGAGAACCCUGCAUCUUGCACUUUGGGAAUAAGGAAAAGAGAUUGAAAUACAGUUUAC